GCAAAAAUACGUCAUGACUUUUCUGACAACCCAAGAGAAGCAAGAUGUUUGUCUCCUGAGCUGCAAUUAGAAACUAUCCAUGGCUGUUGUGAUUUGACCAUAAACUGGGGAAUCAAUGAAUGGGGAAUCAAACAGUGGCCUCCAAUCUGCCCUCUACCACCUCCAUCAUUCCCAGCUUCAACCCACCUCUCCCAACACCUGGACUCCCCUCCCCCAAAUACAUCCUCCAGCUUCUACUUCUGUGAGCUGAAGCCAUCUACUAAACCUUCAGUCAGCCCUCACCUCUGCUGAAUGCUUUUCAGACUUUUGUAUUGUACCCAAAACUCCCUCUUGUCACUUUUUUGACAUUGGACCCUAUGUGACCACUAUUCCAGGGACUCCAACCCUCCACACCUUCCAUCAUCCCUGCAAACCAGGUCAUUCAGUCCCUUCCCUUUCUUCUGUUCCUAGUUUACAUAUUUCAGCCCAUUCCCCUGUCCUCUGUGCCCCACAUCAUCAAAUUCCCAGCUUCAACUGUCAAGCAUUCUCAACUCCUCCAUGAACCCAAUCCACAGCUCACAAGGAUUAUUAUCAGCCCUAUAAUCCCUGACCUUUCUCCUGGGCUCCUUGACUCACUCAUGCCCACUGUCCUCCCCAGCUCUCCCUUGUGCCUAUUUUGACUCCCUCUUUUUGCUCAUUAUCUCCUCCAUGCUUCAUCUCUUCCCACACUUUCUAUCUGCCUUGGGCCAUACUAUAUUUCCAGCACCUGCCUGCCACACAACAUCCCCCUUCCUCCUCUCUUACCAUGUUUUUAACCCCUCAUAGACAUUAAGUCUUCUGGGAGUUUUACUAACCACAGACCUUCAACAUUUUGACCCCAAACUCCCUAUCCACACUAUCUUCUCCAUUUCUGUGAAACCCACACCCCUAUUUCCCUAGGACCAAUAUGGCCAGAUUUUUAACUUCCCUGCACACUUUGCCCCGUUGAACCCUCAAAUCUGUGCACUUUAACCCCUCUGCCACAUUUAACACUUUUUUUCUUUAUCCCUCUGCCUAUUUCUUUCCAUUCUCCCAUUCCCCAGGCUUUCUUCACCAUGACCUUAUCCAUAUAGUCCCUUUCCCUGUGCCCUCACUCUCACUGUACUCUCUCACACACCCAUGCACUGCCUGUCCCCCGAACACUCCAACUUUCUUACCAUACAUGCUGACCUAUGGUGGCAAUGCUCAAAGCAAUUUUUAAGGUUGUGUAUUUUGAAUAUUGUCCUUAUGGGUUGUUGCAGGGUUGGAAGGAUUACAAAUCAUGGGAAGGACCCCCAUUUCUAGCAUCCAGAGGUCAGAAGACACAACUACUCUUCUGUAUAUGAAUAGCAGCAAAACACACACACACAUACAGUGACUGUAGCCCAGAGGAGGAAAAAUGGCUGUUACACCUUUAAAAGCAAAGUCCAAGCACUACCUUUUCCAGAUUCUGUGCUUCUCUCAGAUAGGAAUCCAGAAGAGGAUUGAUCAUUUCUUUUAACUCUAAAAACCAUGGCUCAGAGAAUGGUGAUGUUUAGAGAUAUUGCCAUUGACUUCUCUCAAGAAGAGUGGGAAUGCCUGGACUUUGCUCAAAGGGAUUUGUACAGAGAUGUGAUGUUGGAGAACUAUAGUAACUUGGUGUCACUAGAUUUGCCUUCAAGAUAUGCGAAUAAGGACUUAUCUCCAAAAAAGGACACUUACGAAACAGAAUUAUCCCAAUGGGAAAUGAGUGACAGGCUUGAAAACUAUGAUCUUAAGGAGUGCAGUUCCGGAGAUUAUUUGGAAGUCAGAGGCACGUUGGAAAAUCAGAAGGAAUAUUUCAGGCAAGGAAUGAUCAUAUAUGAAAAAAUGUCCAUUUUCAACCAGCAUACUUACUUAUCUCAAUAUCCCAGAUAUCAUUCUACUGAGAAACCCUAUAAAUGUAAGGAAUGUGGGAAGGCCUUUAGACGAGCCUCACACCUAACUCAACAUCAGAGUAUUCAUACUGGGGAAAAACCCUAUGAAUGUAAGCAAUGUGGGAAGGCCUUUAGUCGUGAUUCACAGCUCAGUCUUCAUCAGAGACUUCAUACUGGUGAGAAACCCUAUGCAUGCAAGGAAUGUGGAAAGGCAUUUACUCAGAGCUCACAACUUAUUUUACAUCAUAGAAUUCAUACUGGUGAAAAACCAUAUAAGUGUGAAGAAUGUGGGAAAGCUUUUAUUCGUAGUUCACAACUCACCCGACAUCAAAAAGUCCAUACUGGUGAAAAACCUUAUGAAUGUAAAGAAUGUGGAAAGGCCUUUACUCAGAACUCACAACUUACUCUACAUCAGAGACUUCAUACUGGCGAGAAGCUCUAUGACUGUAAAGAAUGUAGAAAGGUCUUUACUCAGCUCUCACAACUUAUUCUACAUAAGAGAAUUCAUACCGGUGAAAAACCCUAUGAAUGUAAGGAAUGUGGGAAAGCUUUUAUUUGUGGCUCACAACUUUCUCAACAUCAGAAAAUUCAUAAUGGGGAAAAGCCAUAUGAAUGUAAAGAAUGUGGAAAGGCCUUUAUUCGUGGCUCAUUGCUUAUGCAACAUCAGCGGAUUCAUACUGGUGAAAAACCAUAUAAAUGUGAAGAGUGUGGGAAGGCCUUUAUCCGUGGCUCACAACUUACUCAACACCAGAGAAUUCAUACCAAUGAGAAGCCCUAUGAAUGUAAGGAGUGUGGAAAGACCUUUAGUCAUGGUUCACAACUUACUCAGCAUCAGAGAAUUCAUACUGGUGAGAAACCCUAUCAAUGUAAGGAAUGUGGAAAAGCCUUUAAUCGUGGCUCACUCCUUACUCGGCAUCAGAGGAUUCAUACUGGUGAGAAACCCUAUGAAUGUAAAGAAUGUGGAAAGACCUUUAGUCGUGGCUCAGAACUUACUCAACAUGAGAGAAUUCACACUGGUGAGAAACCCUAUGAAUGUAAGGAAUGUGGGAAGUCUUUUAUUCGUGGCUCACAGCUUACUCAACAUCAGAGAAUUCAUACUGGUGAGAAACCCUAUGAAUGUAAAGAGUGUAGAAUGGCCUUUACUCAGAGUUCACAUCUUUCUCAACAUCAGAGACUUCAUACUGGUGAGAAACCCUAUGUAUGUAAUGAAUGUGGAAAGGCCUUUGCUCGUGGCUUACUACUUAUACAGCAUCAGAGAAUUCAUACAGGUGAGAAACCUUAUCAGUGUAAGGAAUGUGGGAAAGCCUUUAUUCGUGGUUCACAACUUACUCAACAUCAGCGAAUUCACACUGGAGAAAAACCCUAUGAAUGCAAGGAAUGUGGGAAGGCAUUUAGUCAUGGUUCUCAACUUACUCUUCAUCAAAGAAUCCAUACGGGUGAGAAGCCCUAUGAAUGCAAAGAAUGUAGAAAAGCCUUUACACAGAGCUCACAUCUUUCUCGACAUCAGAGAAUUCAUACUGGUGAGAAACCAUAUCAGUGUAAGGAAUGUGGGAAAGCCUUUACUCGUGGUUCACAACUAACUCAACAUCAGAGAAUUCAUAUCAGUGAGAAAUCUUUUGAAUAUAAGGAAUGCGGGAUAGACUUUACUCAUGGCUCACAAGUUUUUAUAUGAAUUAUCUAAUUCUUUAUGAUUAAUAGAGAGAGCCUUCUCUGGUCAACUCAUCAUUAAAGAAUUCUUAAAAUGUGAAUAUGGGAGCACACUUGCCUCAUAAAGUUUAGUUAGCAUCAGUGAAUUUACAUGGGGAAAGAUCAUGUAACCCAUGUAGAAAAACCUAUUACUGGAAACCUGUUAAACUUUAGGAAAUUUUAAUAGACAGUAAUUUGUUAAUGUAGUAAAUAUAGGAAGGUCUUUAGCCAUAGCCUGUCUUUUUCAACAUUAUGUUGAUUACCAGUUGCUUUCCUUUGUGACAUUUCUCAUGAUAGUUAACCUCUACUUUCAUUUAAUUGUUUGCAAGAAAACCUAAGAAUAAUACUCUAUAAGAUUCUUGGAAGUACUAUGUGAGUUAUUAUAUAUAUAGCUCUUAGAACAGUGCCUUGAACAUUGCAUAUCACAAAUAUUGGCUAUCAUUAUAGUGUUAGAGAAUUUGCAUGAGAGGAGGACACUAAUGAGUAUAAUGAAUAUUGAAAAAUCUUUCAUUAACACUUAACUCCAGGGCUGGCUGAGUGGCGUAUUGGUUAGGAGUUGGCUUGGGACGCCAGCUCUGAGCAGCAGGUCCCCCGU